GUCGCAAGGAGUAAGGAGAAACAAUAUGGCGGAAACUAUAGUAUUCUCCAUUAUCGACAAGCUAAAACCCUUGGUGAACGAAGAAGCCAAACUUCUACGUGGCGUCCAUGGAGAAGUUGCUGACAUCAAAUAUGAACUGGAGAGCAUUCAGUCCUUCCUCAAGGAUGCAGAUGCAAGGGCGGCAGCAGAAGAAGACAUGAGCGAGGGUGUCAAAACAUGGGUGAAACAACUAACAGAAGUCGCUUUCCGCAUAGACGUUGCCAUCGACCAAUACUUGCUUCAGGUGGCACAACAUGGUCCUCAUCGGCGUGGUUUUACUGGUUUUGUCCAUAAAACAACUCAUUCACUCAAAACAUUAAUACCCCGCCAUAAGAUAGCAAGUGAGAUUCAAGAGAUCAAAGCAUCAGUGCAGAAAAUCAAGGCAAGAAGUGAAAGAUACGGCUUCCAAUCCACUGGUCAAGGAUCAAGCAGUGGUGCUCGGAAUGUUAGGUGGCAAGACCCUCGAAUGGCUUCUCUUUUUCUUGAAGAUGUUGACGUUGUGGGCAUUGAAUCUCCUAAAGAUGAAUUAAUCGGUUGGCUCAUAAAAGGACACUCUUACCGUACUGUAGUUUCAGUGGUGGGAAUGGGGGGACUGGGCAAGACCACUCUUGCCAAGAAAGUUUAUGAUCACCAUAUGAUGAGAGAAAAUUUUGAUUGUCAUGCUUGGAUCUCAGUGUCUCAAUCACACAACAUGAUGGAUCUAGUAAGGAGCAUGGUAAAGCAAUUUUGCGAGGCAAGAAAGGAGUUUCCUCCGGAGGGAAUUGACUCAGCAGACAAGACGUCACUAAUUAGCAAAGCAAGAGAAUAUUUACAAGAAAAAAGGUACGUAGUUGUAUUUGAUGAUGUGUGGGAAAUUGAUUUUUGGGGGGAAAUAGAACAUGCUUUACCUGAUAAUACAAAAGGUCCAAGGAUAUUGAUCACAACAAGAAAGUUGGAUGUUGCUAAUUUUUGCAAAAAAUCUUCACAUGUUAAAGUUCACAACUUGCAACCACUACUACCUAAUAAGGCAUGGGAGCUCUUUUGCAAAAGGGCAUUCCAAUUUGAACUUGGAGGACACUGUCCCCCAAUGUUGGAGAAAUCAUCUCAUGAAAUUCUUGAGAAGUGUGAAGGAUUACCACUUGCCAUUGUUGCUAUAGGCGGUCUUUUGUCAACCAAGGACAAAACUCUCUUUGAAUGGCAAAAAUUGCAUGAUAGCCUUGGCUUUGAGUUAGGAAUAAAUCCACAUCUUGCAGGUGUUAGUAAAAUUCUAUCCCUAAGUUUUGAAGACCUGCCUUACAACCUUAAAUCUUGCUUCUUAUACCUUGGUAUGUAUCCAGAGGACUAUUCUGUUAGCUGCGUAAGAUUGAUUCGACAAUGGAUAGCUGAAGGUUUUGUGAAAGCAAAGGAGGGUAAAACAUUUGAGGAGGUUGCACAAGAAUACUUGACUGAAUUAAUCCACAGAAGCUUGGUUCAAGUAUCAAAGGUCAAUUUUGAUGGAAAAGUUAGACAAUGCCGACUCCAUGAUCUUUUUCGUGAGAUCGUCCUUCAAAAGAUGAAAGAUUUGAGUUUUUGUCAUAUUUUGUCAAAACAAGAGUCAAACUUUGAAGGACUAACUCGACGUAUGUCAGUAGAUGGAGUUUCAUAUAGUGUAUUGAAGGGAUUUAAGGACGCACACAUUCAUUCUCUUUUAUUGUUCAAUCUUGAUGAAUUGCCAAAGUCCUUUAUGAGUACUUUUUUUGUUGAUUUCAAGCUUCUAAAAAUAAUGGAUUUUGAAGAUGCUCCAUUGGAUUGCAUUCCUGAAGAUGUGGGAGGUUUAUUUCACUUAAGGUAUUUAAGUUUCAGAAAUACCGAAGUAAAAAUGCUUCCAAAAUCCAUAGGAAAGUUGCAAAAUUUGGAGACUUUAGAUCUAAAGCAAUCCCUAGUGUGUGAUAUACCAGUAGAGAUCAACAAGCUUCAUAAGUUGCGACAUUUUAUAGCCUACCAUCGCAACUAUCGAAUAACAUUCAGUUUGGCUCAGGAAAAAGGGGUAAAAAUACCAAAAGGGGUUGGGUCUUUAAUGGACUUGCAAAAGUUGUAUCAUGUUGAGUUGAAUCAUGGAGGGGUUGAUUUCGUUAAAGAGUUGGGACAAUUGAGCCAAUUGAGGAAGCUGGGAGUGAAAAACCUCUCAAAGGAAACUAUGAGUAGUUUGUGUAUCUCUAUUGAAAGGAUGAGCCACCUUCAAUCUCUAGAUAUAACCUCAAUAAGCGAAGAUGAAAUAAUUGAUUUACAAACUAUUUCAUCUCCACCUCAAUGUCUUCAGCGCAUCUACUUAAAGGCGUGUUUAGAGAAGUUACCGGGAUGGAUUCCAAGACUUCAAAAUCUUGUCCGAUUAAGGAUUUUUUGGUCAAGGUUGAAUGAAGACCCAUUGAAAGGCCUUCAAGAUCUACCUAACUUAUUGGAGCUUGACAUCUCACAGCAGGCAUAUAGUGGAGAGCAAUUGCAUUUUAGGACUGGAGGGUUUCCAAAACUUCGGAAACUAUCGCUUAGGUGCUUGGAUGAAUUGAAUUCGGUGAUUAUAGAUGAAGGAGCAUUGCCCCUUCUUGAAAACCUUGAGUUUGGGCCUAGUCCAAAAUUAAAGGAGGUGCCCUUUGGAAUUCACCAUCUAAGAAACCUCAAAAGGCUGCGAUUUUAUGAUAUGUCCAAAGAAUUCGAAGAUAGUUUAAAUUAUGAGGUGGGACCCUGUCACUGGAUCGUUGAACAUAUACCAGCCAUUUUUCUAUCUUACAAGGUUGGCACACAACAUGGCAGCUAUGACUCACGCCGCCUCCGUUCCAAGCAUUUGGAGAAGUUAAGAACACAAAUAAUCAACCAAAAUGAUGAUCACAACACCAACGAUAGCUGCAAUAUCGAUGCUUCCAUUGAGAAAGGUAAACAAUCAAGUUCUACUCAUUGAUGAUAAUCCAAAUCC